AUGGUGCUGGUCACGGAGAAGCUGGGCGCCGCGGGGCUGGAGCUGCUGCGCGCCUUCGCCAACGUGGACUGCUCCUACGAGCUCACGGCGGAGGAGCUCCGCGCCAAGGUCUCGCUCGUGGACGCGCUGGUGGUGCGCAGCGGGACGCAGGUCACGCGGGAGGUGUUCGAGGCCGCGCGCGGCAGGCUCCGCGUCUUCGGCCGGGCCGGGGUCGGCAUCGACAGGACGUAUCCGUAUAACAUAGCUAAUGACAAUAUUGAUCCGCCCAUGGGCAUCGACAAUGUCGACCUCCAGGCGGCCACCGAGGCCGGCUGCCUCGUCGUCAACGCGCCCACCGCCAACACCGUUGCUGCCGCCGAGCACGCCAUCGCGCUCCUCGCCGCCAUGGCGCGCAAUGUCGCGCAGGCCGAUGCGUCACUCAAGGCCGGCAAAUGGCAACGGAGCAAAUAUGUUGGUGUUACCUUGGUGGGCAAGACACUAGCUAUUAUGGGUUUUGGAAAGGUCGGUCCAGAAGUAGCUCGACGUGCAAAAGGACUUGGGAUGGAUGUCAUUGGUCAUGAUCCAUAUGCUGCUGUUGAUAGAGCCCGGGCAAUUGGCGUAGAUCUGGUAUCAUUUGAUGAGGCCAUCUCCACAGCAGACUUCAUAUCACUGCAUAUGCCUCUAACUCCAUCGACAACAAAGCUUUUCAAUGAUGAAACUUUUGCAAAGAUGAGAAAGGGUGUUCGAAUUAUCAAUGUUGCACGGGGUGGAGUUGUUGAUGAAGAAGCAUUGCUGAGAGCACUUAACAAUGGGACAGUUGCCCAGGCUGCACUUGAUGUAUUUACUGAGGAGCCACCGCCAAGAGACAGCAAGUUAGUGCAGCAUGAGAAUGUCACUGUCACACCGCACCUUGGGGCUAGCACAACAGAAGCGCAGGAAGGUGUAGCCCUUGAAAUUGCAGAGGCUGUUAUCGGUGCACUGAGAGGAGAUCUCGCUGCCACAGCUGUGAAUGCCCCAAUGGUCCCUGCUGUGGUACUUCCAUUACCAAGGAAGAAAUUCAACAUAGUCAUUUCAGUAUACUCAUGCAAUCUGUUUGCGUCUAAACGCUGGUGGCAGCCGGAUUAA